CUCAACCCUUCCCCUUUCCGUCCCCACUGCCGUGCAGAUGAACACUUGUUCCUAUGGCGGGGGCCAAACACUCCACCACCCACUACAAUUGCCCAUCCAAUCAUCAAGCAUAUAGCAAGCUUGGCUUCUAGAGCCUCUCUUCGUGAUACUGCUAGCUAUGGUGCUGGCCUCCGCAAGUUCCAUUUAUUUUGUGAUAUAUUUUCGGUACCAGAACAUGAUCGCCUCCCAGCCUCUUUCGAACUUCUGCAUUCGUUCGCACUGUGGGCAGUAUCUGAUCCCUCAAAGUACCUCGCUGCAGUUCGUGCCUGGCACAUUGUGCAUGGCUGGCACCCCCCGUUAUCAGAGGACAACCACGCGAGGAUCAAUUGGUCACUCCGAGGUUUAGACAACCUACUCAGCUCUCGUCGCCGUCCCCUCUGCCCGCCCGUUACCCUUAACAUGCUACAUGCACUCAAGGCCACCUUGUCCCUCACAGAGCCCUUCGAUGCUUGCAUUUGGGUGAUGGCGAGUUGUGGCUUCUUCGGCAUGAUGCGCUUCGGUGAGGUAUCAGUGGAAUCGAGGGCAGCUUUCAAGCCCUCAAAGCACCUAACUCGCAAGGACGUCUGUUUAGGAACUGACCUCGUCGGGAAGGCUUACGCCCGUCUGGACCUACCCUCAGCCAAGACUGCCCGUCCAGGUGACACCCAGUCCGUCUUCCUCGUGGCUCAAGGCCCACUCUGCCCACUAGCUGCACUCCAGAACCUGGCUUCUGUUGUGCCCGCUCUCCCACACGACCCGUUAUUUUCUUGGCGUGAUCGCGCAGGUACCGUUCGUCCCAUGGUAAAGCAGUGUGCGCUUGCACGCAUCAACUGCAUCACCACAGCAUGGGGUUGGGGCACGGCCUUUGGACACUUGUUCCGCAUAGGAGGGGCAUCCUUCUACCUGGCCAAAAAGGUAGAUCCAGAGAUCGUACGCCUAGCCGGCCGUUGGCGCUUGUUGGCCUAUGAAAUGUACAUUCGGGCCUUCGAGCAGGUGGCCACCCAGCACCUGGGUGACCUGGCAUCAUAG